CACUGAUGCUGCCCCACUCGCUUCGUGUGCGCCACAGCAGACAGGUUGUCUGCAACAGGGGCGGCUGCGUGGGGGGGUGUUGCAGCUGCUGUCCCACUCCGCGCUGCAGUGCCCGUGUUAACUCAUCAUCUGGGUUUCGACUGGGAAGAUUUAAAAAGAGAAAGAAAGAAAGAAAUUAAGAAAAAAGGGGGAUGUGUGGGGACUUGUUAACACCUGAGAGGACCGAGCGAAGGUAAGACGCGGCGCAGAGAUGAAGCCCCGUCUUCUGGGCGGCGGCAGGACAACCAGGAGACUUUUGUCGGCGUGCCUCAUCUCGGCGUGCCAAGCCCUGCACAGCUGCGGGGGAGUCAAGUGCGUGGACGGCCACCAGUGCUGCCUGCUGCCCGUCCCCGGGAACGGCAGCUCCGGCUCCGCGGAGAGCUGCUGCAAGCUCCCCAUCCACGUCUUCUUCGACAACGUCGGCUGGUUCACGCGGAAGCUGUCGGGCAUCUUGAUCCUGCUGCUGCUCUUCGCCAUGGGCUACUUCAUCCAGAGGAUCAUCUGCCCGCGGCCCCGCCACCGGCACCAGAACCAGGAGCACGCCGAGGAGCCUUCCCUCUUCCACGGACCCACGUCGGCGUCCCAGGACCUCCUGCUGGAGCCCUACCCGGAGGGCGCCCUGGGGGACUUCGCCUCCCCGAACCUGCCGGCCUACGACGAGGUCAAGUACCUGCCCACGUACGAGGAGAGCAUGCAGGAGAUGCACCGCGACCGGGACCGGGACCGCUCCGACGAUGACCUGUUGUCCGGAGCGGAACCGGCGGCGGCGGCGUCCGGAGAGCAGGGGCGGGAUCUUCUGGGGGUGAGCCCCGCAAGGACAUCUCGGAACUCGGUGUGAACAGAGAGCAGGAACUGCCUGAUAGUAUCACUAAUUUAUUACAUUAUCGUCAUCAUCAUCAUCGUGAGAUGUUGGAGGGAGGGGAAGGAGACACAAACUCAAGUGCAAUUAUUAUAAUCCUGAUUGUAAAGAAUAAAGAGGGAGGCUGAGAGUGUGAACGUGUUCUGGAAGAUAA